AUGGACAUCGUGAUUGCCUUGCAGCUUAUGCUCAGGAAUUCAUAUCGUAGUCUUGCUCGUUGCCUUCACGAAGAAGCAACAAAGGACAUCGAUACUGUUAAGAAUAGGGGAGCUAUCAAACAUAGUAACAACAAACUAUUUUCUUUCAAUAUGACUCCAAGAAAAUAUCAUAGAAAGGCAUAUAUGGAAGAAGCUGCAUUGAAUAAAGACAUAGGUGAAUAA